GGGGGGGGGGGAGGACGCCGGACGGAACCGGGGAAGGUGUGCUGGUGUGCGAAUGCCUGUGACUCUCCUGAGAAAUAAUCACGUCCGCGCAAGAAAUGGCCUAGUUCCCAACAGCAGAGGAUACUAAAGGGACUUUUGCACGCUUGGGACCGCCGCCAUCCUCGGAAAGGCGCCGCCGCUGUCUUCUGAAGGUGCAAUUGGCUUCCCGACCGCAGCGUCGGACCCAUCGAGAGAUCCAAAGAGGGAGACAGACGAGCCUACCGGCUCAAACGAGAAUGCUACCAAGAGCACCUCAGCACCGUGCCAGCCAAGGAAAACGAUGAACCCGUCCCCUCACAAACAUCCUCUUUUUGCCUUGGCUCUCCUUUACGACUGUGAAUCUGUAAUCAUCGAGCCGAUGUCUUAUUGAGAUGACUAAAGGAGCUUUUAUUUUGGACAUGUUGUUUUUUCCUCUCAAUGCUGCCAGCCACCAAGGCUUUGGUGGGAAUGGUCCACGUAGCCCUCAGAGGAAUGCUAAGCCCUGUCGGGUUUGGCUCUUGGGGCUCGUACUACACCUGACCCUCUCCUCGUGUCAGCGAGUGGACAAAACCCCGAUAGUAUCCACAGGCUAUGGAAAAAUACGUGGCGUCAGAAAGGAGCUCAACAACGAGAUCUUGGGUCCCGUGGAACAAUACUUGGGAGUACCCUACGCCACCGCGCCCAUCGGCGAGCGCCGCUUCCAGCCGCCCGAGGCUCCGGGCUCCUGGCAGGAGAUCCGUAACGCCACCCACUUUGCCCCCGUGUGUCCCCAAAAUGUGCACGGGGUCUUACCUGAGAUCAUGCUGCCCGUGUGGUUCACAGACAAUCUGGAUGCCGCAGCCACCUACGUUCAGAACCAGAGCGAGGACUGCCUCUACCUCAACAUCUACGUACCAACAGAGGAGGGCCCACUCACGAAAAAACUGGAUGAAUCUACAUCGAACCGACCACGGGAUGAAGAUAUUCGCGAUCGACGUAAGAAGCCGGUGAUGUUGUUCAUCCAUGGCGGCUCCUACAUGGAAGGCUCCGGGAAUAUGUUUGAUGGCAGCGUCCUUGCGGCGUAUGGAAAUGUCAUUGUGGUCACCAUCAACUAUCGACUGGGCGUGCUCGGCUUUUUGAGCACAGGGGACCAGUCUGCCAAGGGGAACUACGGUUUGUUGGAUCAGAUCCAGGCGCUGCGCUGGCUCAAUGAAAAUAUCGGCCACUUUGGAGGAGACCCGGAGAGAAUCACCAUCUUUGGCUCGGGAGCUGGAGCUACCUGUGUGAACCUUCUUAUCCUCUCUCACCACUCUGAAGGUUUGUUUCAGAGGGCCAUUGCGCAGAGUGGCUCCGCCAUUUCCAGCUGGUCAGUCAACUACCGACCGGUCAUGUACACCAAGAUUCUCGCUAAGAAGGUCGGUUGCACUCUGGGGGAUAUGGCGGAGUUGGUGGGCUGCCUGAGGAGGAAGAGUUUCCGGGAGCUGGUGGACCAAGACAUACAGCCCGCACGCUACCACAUUGCAUUCGGACCUGUAGUCGACGGCGACGUGGUGCCCGAUGACCCCGAGAUUCUAAUGCGGCAGGGUGAGUUCCUGAACUAUGACAUAUUGCUGGGUGUAAACCAAGGAGAAGGUCUGAAGUUUGUGGAUGACAGCGAAGGAGAAGAUGGGAUAUCUGCACCCUCGUUUGACUACACCAUCUCCAACUUUGUCGACAAUCUUUACGGAUACCCGGAUGGUAAAGAUAUACUGAGGGAAACCAUCAAGUUCAUGUACACAGACUGGGCUGACCGGGACAACAGCGACAUGCGUAGGAAGACCCUGUUGGCGCUCUUCACGGACCAUCAAUGGGUGGCUCCAGCUGUGGCCACCGCCAAAUUGCACGCGGAUUUCCAGUCUCCCGUCUUCUUCUACACAUUCCACCACCACUGUCAGACAGAGGCGAGACCUGACUGGGCUGACGCAGCCCACGGAGAUGAGAUCCCCUAUGUGUUUGGCAUUCCCAUGGUUGGAGCCACUGACUUAUUCCCAUGUAACUUCUCCAAGAACGAUGUCAUGCUCAGUGCUGUGGUCAUGACGUACUGGACCAACUUUGCCAAAACGGGUGACCCUAACCUCCCAGUUCCUCAGGACACCACGUUCAUCCACACCAAGCCGAAUCGUUUCGAGGAAGUCAUCUGGACCAAGUUCAGCUCCAAAGACAAGCAGUACUUGCACAUCGGCCUCAAGCCACGCGUCAGAGACAACUACCGGGCCAACAAGGUGGCCUUCUGGCUGGAGCUGGUGCCGCACCUCCACAGCCUCCACAAGGAAAUCAUCAGCUCCAACACCACACGACUGCCGGCUGGGGAGAACCCCCACGGUAAGGUCAAUCACAACACCGGUACCCACUCCACACCGCACCCCGUAAUCUCCGCCUACCCGCCUGAGCCGGACGGUUCCGAGAGACCCCGCAACACUCCCUUCCCUCCUGAGACGAGGGACUAUUCCACUGAGCUGAGUGUGACGGUGGCUGUGGGCGCGUCUCUCCUUUUCCUCAACGUGCUGGCCUUUGCUGCCCUUUACUACAAACGAGACAAGCGCCACGAACUCAUGCAGAGGCGUCACCGCCGCCUGUCCCCGCAACGCGGCGCGACCAUGGGCAUGGGCAUGGGCGUCGGCCUCGGAGUCGUAGGGGCCCCGCCGCACAACGACCUGGCCCUGAGCCAGGAAGAGGAGCUGAUGUCACUCCAGAUGAAGCAGCAAAGAGUGGAGCUCGAGCACGGCACACCUCUCCCCUCCCGCGGCAUCCAUGGUGACCUGGAACCUUUGCGGCCCCCGGUGUGCCCACCUGACUACACGCUGGCGCUGCGGCGGGCGCCGGAGGAUGUGCCGCUCAUGACGGCCAACGCCAUCACCAUGAUCCCCAGCACCAUCAGCAGUAUGCAGCCCCUCCACCCCUUCAACACGUACCCUCCCGUCCCCGCCCCGUCCACGACCCCCGUCCCCAGCCACAGCAACAAUGCCUUGCCGCACCAACACUCCACUACUCGUGUAUAGGACCCGGCACAACCUCCGCGGGCCCCACUGUGGGCACACGCCGCGCAUCGUCACCCCCAUCGCCCUCUACUGGUCUUUACUCGGUAUUUCUCAUGAAGCCCUUAAAUAAAGCUGCAGUUUGUAAGAUUUUAAGCAGUGAGUGACAAAUACCUCUAGAAAUGUAAUCACUGGUCAAGGUUGGAUUGAGCAAUUACAAAUACCAUUGUGCAUCAAAAUCUUAUUCUUCCGCUUGGUUUUACUCACCCGUAAUAACAAACACCGAGCUCGAGCUUCCUCAAAGUACAAAAUGUUCGGCUGUUCAUUUGCUUAGCCCUAAUUUGGUCCCAAAUCUCCUUCUUUGGUUAGAAACUCCAAGGUGAACUAAGGACACGAAAAGCAGCGGUGUGGCCGCGGUGCCGUGGCAUUGCAUCGAAGCACUUUAGUAGGCAUCCAAUCAGAUUGCUCCGAUGUCAGGCCUGCCUGCACCGCUCACAGCCCGUUGGGGACGUAUUUUCAUGGUAUUUGAGGGUCAUUAGGAAGCGCAGUGAUAUGUCAACUAGGCCUCAGUUCUUUUCUUUCAUUGGCAGGUCAGCUCAGUGCAUCACACUCUGCAGUUGGUAUCCUUCUGCUAAUUUCAAACAGAGCUAAUGACGACCAGUUCCCGUCACGUUCGAAUUAAAUCAAAGAACACAAUAGAAGGUUAGUUGGAUUCUUCUUCAGCUGAAAACUGAAUGAAGGUGGAGAACGGUGAGAUAGAUGGAAAUGGCUGCAAGGUUAAAGCACUUGAGAAGCGGAAAAUCAGAUUGUCACCCACACAACACUUGGGGAGUGUAUGGAAUGGUAUUUGGGGAUCGCUAUGAUGUGGUGUGAUGUGUUUUACCAGCGUUACAGUCCUCAAUUCGUUAUCUUCUUUGUAGCUUCUAAUUUAGAUUCUUCCAAUUACGCGUCAUUUCCAAAUUCAUCAUUUCACCAAAAACGCAACAUGAGGUUCCAAGACUGAAAAAAGGGAAUGAUGCGACAAAGUUGCCACGGUGUCGCUGGGAGACCGCAACGCCGUUUGGGACCGAACGUCCAAUCGGAUUGCUCUGAGGUCAUCGUCGACUCCACACAGCCCCUAUACAAAUAUGCUCCAUUUUGGUGAAAUCUGGGGCUUGCAAUUACAGUAUAUGAUGGGAUGGGUGAACUACUAGUCCUUAACUUAUUUCCUCCCUUAUUGCCUGGGUGACGUCUCUGUGCAAUGACAAGCGAUUUCUGUCUUUGAAAAAAGCUCAACUUAGUUCCGUUACAAGAAUCCUCUGUAAACUUGUGACAAUUUCUCGGAGAAGGUCUGAGCUAAAUAGAAUCUGUGACACAUUUUGCAUAAUGUUUAGUUGGUUAGCCCAAGUCUUCAGAAAUGUGGGAACGGUCAAAAGAAUUCCGUCAUUUAUUGAAGCUUUGCCGGAAACAAUCUACAGUAUGCCCAAACAUUGCGUCUGUCACGAGCCAGUGGUUUCUUGAAAUUUACAAAUUGCAGCUUUAAGGCCCAAUCUGGAAGUGAGACUCGCUCCCGCGUGGUAAACGACAGCUGGUGCCGCUGUCUGCGUUUUGGUGAAGAAAGACGCAAAAUUGACAUUGGCUUUAAAAUUGGAUUUUCUACCUCAGUCUCGGAUAUGUUGGUUUUUUUUUUUGGGACAUUUCCAGAUUGGGACUUCAACUUUUGGGUGGUACGGGAAGUAAGCGGAUCCUAUUUAGUCUGUGGGGCGCAACCUGGAUUCUCACGGCAUCUCAUCCCCGGUGGCUCGGCUCACGGCCAUUUGUCGAUUUGUUUCUCUCGAAUUCCAUAUGUCUCGACACCGCCGACCCCUUCCUCUCUUUCAGUUUCUCUGCUGCCUCGUCGCAUCAGCCCCCUCUUUCAUUUGAUCAAUCCAUUCACGUAAUCUCAUCAAGACUCGUCUUUUAUACAAAAAAAAAAACCACAAAUGUAAAUGAUGUAUUAUUAAUAAAUUGUAAGGAUAUGAAUGGGGGAAAAAGAUAUUCUGAUAUCUCAUUUUUACCAGCAUUUUUGGUGCCAAGUACUGUGACAAAGUUCCUCUCUCGCUGGCAUCCAGUGGACUGCCUGAAGAGGUCAGGUCCGCCCUGACUGUAUCUUAACUGAAGGAAUUACCAUCAUAAAAGUGCCAACCUUUUCCUUUUUGUUUUUGACAAACACACGCAACAUAUCCACUGUCCCACUGUUCCACUGUGGAUGGUCUCUUCUUUUAGAGAACAUAGAUUCCCUAUGUCCUCGAUUAAGAAAAGAAAAUGGAGUUUUCUCAACUACGUUGCAUGAUAUUGUUUCUCCUUAAGGGUGUGGAUGGGAACAUUUUCUUUGGGUUUUUUUAACGAGUUUGGUUACAUGAGUUCAUCGAUUUUGUUUCUUUGUGAAAGUAAUCUUCUUAUUUCAAACUCAGCUGCACUUUGUGAUACUUCAACUAAUAUUAAAGUAUUAAGAGAUGAAUAUUGUGUAAAACUAUAACAGAGUAAAUAUUUCCUCGUUAUUUUAUUUGGAUUUCUUUUCAAGUCCUAACACAGAGGCUCCGCCCCAUGACCACAAAGACUGAUCCCUCGAGCCUCUCUUUGUUUAUUUUGCUCUUUCUCUUAUCUUUUUGUCAACAACGGUGAUGUUUGCACAGUUACCGCCUGUGAUUGACAUGUGAAGAAAACACCUUAUGUUACAGCAAGUAAAAAAGAAACCUGACAUGGCUGUAGUCUACCUUAGGUUUGUGCAAGUGACCAACAUUAGCCACAUGCUUUGCGUGUUUGAAGACUGCCUGACACCUCUUUUGUUGCUUUCCUCAACCAAGCGGGAGAAUGAGAUCUAUGUGUGAUGGUGACAACCUUGUAAAGUGCAUUUCACAUCACUUGCACAACUGAACAUGGACAGUUCUGAAGAAAACCCAGUGACAUUUAGACUGGACUGAAUAGUGAGUCCGUGAUGUGAUUGGUGAAUUAGCUUGUCACAGCAAUCGAUGCACAGAGGAUGCAUUUUUAAAAACCUGAUUUUUAAAAAAAAAAAAAAGGGAAAAAAAUUCUUUAAUGUCAGGCAUUACCGAUAGUCCAAAAUCAAGGCGAGUGGGAUUCUCUCACUGUAAAUGUUCUGCAUCUUGUGUGCUGAGGAUAAGAACGCACGGAAGGAAGCACAGGACUGCCAUUCCUUACAGGACUUGAGAGGACACGGAAGGAAGAAAAGAAAAAAAGAUACAAAAAACAACACACGGACAAACCUGUACAUCUUUUAAGUGUAAGAGGACAAACUGGAAUUUGUAAAUAUUAUUUGUCGUUUGGUUUUGAUCGACUGGGCCGAACCUUCCGUUUGUGACAACAGGUGCAAAGUUUAGAUGAUUUCCAUGAUUUUAGCUCUUGUGUAUGUUGAAUUUGUCUCUUCUUCUCGAGCUCCUGAGCAAAUUCCCGAAGGUUAUGGCCACAUGAGUAGCCGACCUCAAGGGAAAAAUACUUCAUAACAAGACCUGGCAAGAGGUCAGCAGCUCAAUAGGAGCAUAAGGAGGAGCUCAGGUAAGCUGUCGGAGUGACUGGCCAAGGCACGGGUGUCAAACUCAAGGCCCGGGGGCCAGAUCCGGCCCGCCACGUCAUUUUACGUGGCCCGCCAAAGCAAAUCAUGUGUGUCGACUUCCGUGAUUCUUGCUCAAAUCUGUUCCAAAUUUUUGUAUAGUAUUCAUAUGUAAUAAAUAGUAAUGGACUAUUGUAAGCAUGUUUUGCCUCCAAACCCCUUUGACAGUUACUUGAACAAACCAUUAUCCUUGACUUCUAAUUUCAAAACUCGUUAUCCAUCAAUUUGUUGUCUAUGUGUAAUAAUAUGAUGAGGCGAUUAAACCUUGAUAUGGUUUUACGAUCAUAAUGGCCCUCUGAGGAAAACCGUAUGUACAAUGUGGCCCGUGACAAAAAUGAGUUUGACAGCCCUGGUCCUGAGGAGUUACGCGGAGUUAUCUCAUCGGUUGUGAAUGCAGCUUUUGAGUCCUUUUGUUGGUUGUAAAGCCAAAGGACAGAUGAAGAAGAGAGAGGGCAAUUCUUUGAAAUGUGCUCCAAACAAACAAAGCGUAGAAAAUGACUUGCGAUGCUGUUCAGUUUAAUAGUUAGUGUCUCACAUUGUCUUGAAUUGUCAUACGGUAUAACCCGUCAUUGGGAGGUGGUGAAAUAUUUGGUCAUAUUUCAGGAUCCCUUCAUGGUGAUUGGUUUGCUUAUCGUUUGCAAUUUUGUCGUUUAUAGGUUGGUUGAAGGUUUGUUAGCGCUUCUGAAGCGACAUCAUAAGAGAAGUAAAUACAAGGUCUGGAAAAGUCCUCGGGAAAUGGAAGCACACUCAGCAAGUUUACAUGUUUACACUAAACAGUUUCGAUGUUGGCAUUUGGUAAGGAGAAGGGGGGGUGAAGGAUUAAAAAUGUGGCAAUGUAUUCUUAGUAGCCUAUGACAUUUGUUGCUGGACUGGUAUCAAGAAGGCUUGCACCUGUUUGUCUCGUUCAUUUCGUCUGAUUCUGCGACAUGCUUUGAAGCUCCCGAUACCGGGAGAGAGCAUCAUGACCACACAGGGGUUCAAAUAAUUCAAGUUCAUAUUUCUAUUUCAAAUAGAGGCUAUUACACACUGUAUGUUGUGUAUCUGAACUGGAAAACAUUAAAAACAAACAUUGUUAAACAAA